UUGCCAAACAAUCUGGUGCGCCUUUGCGCGGAGGACAUGGACUUGGACGCACCAUUCUCGUUCCAUUGCCUUACGCAUCAGCUGCACUCACCAGCUCACAUGGUGCCCCAAUGAACCCUCAUCCUCACGCACCGUCCAACAUACGAUGGAUUAACAAAAACGAGAUGAAUGUCCGCACAGAGGACGGCAUCAGCCUGUGCCAAAGGGCUCUCCAAAUAGUGACGGAGCUGUGUCUUGCCGGGCACGUCGACAGGGAGAAAUGCGCGGAUAUAUUUCCACUGGAGAGCAACAUACCAGGUAAAGGAAGUUCAGACAUCUCUGUAAGUCUCCUAGCUCUGGUCGUAGGUUUCUGUGGGCUCGCCCUUUUGGUAGUCUCUCUCUUUGUCUUUUGGAAGCUGUGCUGGCCCAUUUGGAGAAGCAAGGCGCUCUCAUCCAAUGCUGACAGCUAUUCGCUGGGGGUGCAUCCCGAGGCCCCCCCAGCCCCGGCCCCGACUCCGGUGUCUCGUUCUGUUUCAACUCAUCCAGAGACCAAUGCAAUUGGAAAUGUGGGAAGGCAGCCAUCGCACAUCCAGCACGAGGAUGAGGAGGAUAAGAAGAGGAAGGCACCAGAAGUAAAGGUCAACGGACGGAGCUCGGUUAAGAUUUUGGAGGCGGCCAUGAAGAUCAGCCAGACGUUGCCAGACAUCCCUGCUGAGGUGCAGCAGGCUCUGCGUGACCGUCUGAGCAAGCAGGCCAAAAUCCAGAGGCAGACAACUGAACCCACCUCGUCCUCCAGGCACAAUUCUUUCCGCCGACACCUGCCACGGCAGAAGAAUGUGACCAGUGUGGACUUCACCAUGGACACUCUACCUGUGCGCCAGUCUUCUGCAGUCAGUAUCGGUCGUAUCAAACCUGAGCUGUACAAGCAGAAGUCUGUGGACUCUGAAGAGGGUGCAAAGGAGCCAGUAGAGACGUGCGGGAAGCUGAGCUUUGCCCUCAGCUACGACUACGAGGAACAAGCUCUAGUGGUUCGCAUUCUAAAGGCUCUGGAACUGCCUGCUAAAGACUUCACAGGCACCUCCGACCCCUACGUGAAGAUCUACCUGCUUCCAGAGCGCAAGAAGAAGUUUCAGACAAGGGUCCACCGCAAGACGCUCAACCCCAUGUUCGACGAGACAUUCCGCUUCCCUGUGGAGUACAGUGAGCUGUGCAAUCGCAAGCUGCACUUCAGCGUUUACGACUUUGACCGCUUUACAAGUCAUGACAUGAUUGGAGAGGUGGUGGUUGAUAACCUGUUUGAGCUGUCUGACCUAUCACGCGAAGCUGUGGUUUGGAAGGACAUCCUUGCAGCCACUACAGAGAGUGUUGAUCUGGGUGAAAUUAUGUAUUCCCUUUGCUAUCUUCCCACGGCUGGUCGCAUGACCCUCACCGUCAUCAAGUGUCGCAAUCUGAAAGCCAUGGACAUUACCGGCUACUCUGAUCCAUACGUUAAAGUCUCCCUCAUAUGUGAUGGUCGGAGACUGAAGAAGCGGAAGACAACAACCAAAAAGAACACACUCAACCCUGUCUAUAAUGAGGCCAUCAUUUUUGACAUCCCUCCUGAGAAUGUGGAGCAGGUCAGCCUGUCCAUAAUGGUGAUGGAUUACGACAGAGUUGGACACAAUGAAGUGAUAGGAGUAUGCAGGACAGGGCCGGAUGCAGAGGGUCUUGGAAGGGACCACUGGAAUGAGAUGCUGGCUUAUCCACGCAAGCCCAUCACGCACUGGCAUGCACUUUGUGAGUGGCCUGGAAGAGCAUCCAGUUUUGAGAGUCAAGGAUCAUGUCCAUCCCCAAAACCUCCACAGACCCCAUAACACCCUGGAACACAAAUCUAAUGGCAAAACAUAUUUGGUUUGUAUAAUUAAUAGGGUAUAUUUUUCUCUAGUUUUAGCUUGUUGCAUUUUCUUUGGAAAAGAAUUAAACAAGACUGGUAUGCCUGCUACAGACACAAUCAAGUUUCCACAUCUCACAGUUUCUUUGACAUUUUGCUGGUGCUGAGUUUAUGAGCUCCUAAAACAAUAGUUUUCAGGUCACUUUGAAGCUGACAGUGAAACAAUGUGAAGCCUCUUGCUGUUUGACAGUAUAAUGAUGACAUGUCAGUUUACAGACACAUGAAAUGAUAGUGCUUAUCCUGUCAUAUUCUUGAACAUUUCAGAUACAUAUUCCCCUGUCUGGUGAAAACAUUUGACAAAUAUGAUGCAGGGUUAGGGGAGUGAAAAAAGAGGUGUCUGAAUAUGAAAUCAAGACUGAUUUGGUAUGCAAAAACUUCAUGCAAUCAUGUGAUCAAAUGGAGAACAAUGGAGAUGUCAACAUUGUUACAAUUAUUUAUAAAGAAUCUGUCUCUCUUUAUAUUAAGAAGACUUUACAAUUGAUAUAAAACAACAAUUAUUUAUAUCAAGACAAUGGGAUGUCAAAAGUAUACAUCUUUGUGUUUUAUCUAAUUUGAGACAGGAUGGAUAUUUCAUUUAUCACCAAGACUCAGAGAGGCAAUUAUGAAGGAGAAAGCAUAUUCAAAGCAUGUUUACUGUACGUACAAACUGAAUCUAUUAACAGAUACAUUUGCUCAUUAAUGGAUGUUUCUAAAGACUCUUUAUUUUAAUAAAACUGUUGUAGCAUACUGAUUUAAAGGUAUUAAAAUGUAAUUUGAUCAUUUUAACAUUUAAUGAUGUGCUCAUCAUACUUGAACUUAAAGUUGUUAAAUAAACUGAACAUAUUUCAA